AUGACGUGUAGAACGAUAGAAGCUCAAUUACCGAAUUUUUCUGUCGAUAUUGAAAGUGUGAGUCAACGAGCUUUGACAAAGCCUGUGGAUCAAGUUAUUUCUAUUAGUGGCAAUUCAGGUGCAAAUGGCUAUUCUGGUGCUGAUGGUACAUCCGGAUUUUCUGGAUGUGAUGGUGGAAUAGGUGGUUGUGGUACUAGAGGUGGUGAUGGUAGUGGUGGACUUGAUGGUCAAUCAGGUCAUCCUGGUACAAAUGCUCAACACGCAUUGAUCUGGUUAAAUGGAACAGUUGACUACCUCAAUAUGCAAGUACAAACAUUUCAAACAUUAAAUAAUCCAUACAAUUAUUCUCCUGGUAUUGAUUGGAAUCUCGCUCAAUCCCUUAGCAAUAUCAAUUAUAGUUUUCAAUUAGAUAAAUCAAAUGGAAUCAUUCUGGUAAAAGCUGUAGGAGGCAACGGUGGAGAUGGUGGACGAGGAGGAGUCGGAGGAGGCGGAGGUUGUGGAGGAGAUGGUGGUCGCGGUGAUGAUGGUACAGAUGGAUAUAACUCUUACGAUGAAGGUGCUUCUGGAGGAUGUGGCGGUUCUGGUGGAAAUGGAGGGAACGGAGGGUGUGGAGGCAAUGGUGGGAAUGGAGGACGAGGAGGAGAUGGUGGAGAUGCAGGUGCUGGUGGUCAUAUCCAAGUUCGAAGUGCAGAUCCUCGAUUAUUUAUGUUGAUUGAACCGGAUUGUCGAGCGGGAGAAAAAGGUAGAGGUGGUCACGGUAGGAGCGGCGGUUCAGGAGGCAUUGGUGGUGCCGGAGGAUCUGGCGGUAGGGGUGGGCGUGGUGGUCAUGGUGGGCCGGGCGGCGCAAGUGGUUCUGAUGGUAUGAGUGGUUCAAGUGGAUCAUGCGGUAUGAGUGGUUACGCAGGUAGUGAUGGUUCCCAUGGUCGCGAUGGUCGCCCUGCAAGCCACGGUUCAAUUCAAUAUGCUGUAAUUGAUAUAAGUGGUAAUAUUCUAGAAACAGGGCCUGAUAAAUAUCAUGCUAGUGUCGGUGGUUAUACUAUUACAGAUGAAAAUAACGAUGGAAUUUACGAGCCUGACUCAAAUUUUUUUAUUACUAGCGUUAAAUGGGCAAAUAAUGGCGCACUGACCAUGCCUAGUGGAUGUAUAUUAUCAUUUCCAUCUACAAAAUAUAUUACGAAUGAUGCAGAAGAUGUUAGUGUAUUGCCAGGUAUUCAUAUCAAUCAAGUUUUGGUUGAUUCUCAUCAAUUUAAAUGCCAUCUAGAUGGUCCACAUAGUCUUUCAAUCAAUCGACCAUACAAACAACCCGUUAAAAUAACAUCAGAAAUACGUCUAUUAAAUCGUUUAUUUAGCGGCAGUCAAGUUUCAGCUUCGUUUCCCUGUCAAUAUCCAAUUCAAAUAACAAAAAUUGACAUUCCAACUUUUCUAGGUCCUAAUGAACGGGCUACUGUUACAGUUAGUUUUACCAAUAUUUCAGGACGAUCAUAUGGUGCAUGUUCGGAUUCAGCUGGUUCAAUCGAAUGUAUAUUCUCUACUCAUUCUUUACUAAAAAUUUUACCAGCCAAUGGAGAAUAUUUUUACGAAAUAAAAUCCGAUGGUUAUGGUUACUACAAAAUUAAUGAAGAGAUUGCAUCUCGAAAAACAAAACAUAUUAAAUUUGAAAUGAUUUUAGAAGGCGAUGCUGUUCAUCAAUAUUAUGAACAUUUAUUUUGGAAUAUUGAUUUAUUAUUACGUGAUAAACUAAUUGAAAAACAUAGCAAUAACAUUCGAGUUGUGCCAACAUUUCAACCGAAUAUUCGUACGGAUGUACUUCUAGUAACAAAUUCUCAAGUUGGUCGAGCUGAAUUUCUUGCAUAUCAAAAUUUAUUUCAAUUGUUCCAAUACUCCAGCCAAACUUGGGAUAUUGAACGAUAUGGAGCAUUUCAUAAUCCUGAAAUAAAAUGGUUAAAUACAACAGAUUUAAUUAUUUUUAUUUAUUCAAAUCCUGAAUCAACAUUUAAUACAAUUAAAUCUCGAUUAUUUUUAGAACAUAUGAAAUCGUCUGAGAAUGCUGGUUUUAUUUGUAUUGGUGCUGGUCUACCGGAUGAUUUCGAUUUUGCUCUAUUCGAUUAUUAUAAUUUACAAUUUAUUGAUAUUAAACAAAAAACUAAGUCAGAAGCGACAAAUCAUCUUUGGUCUGGCUUUGGAUUCAGUCGGCCUAGUAACCAACAAUUAAUUGUUAAAGCCAAUACAUUUCGAACAGAUUAUGAAAAACAAGAUGAUCAUAGAUUUUUAUAUCAAGUAGUCUAUGAUGAUACUGCAAAUGCAGAUGCCGCAGGUUGUAUGACCGUUGUUUAUGGUGCUAAAUAUGUAUAUAAAUCUACAUUGGAUUCCCAAGUUGGUAAUCGAGUAAUUAUGACUCCUAGUAAUAAUCCUCUCUUGACCAGUUCCAAAUUACCAUCCAUAUUACAAGGUCAACAGAGUAAUGUUAACUCUUCUCAAGAUAUUAUUCAAAAGGAAAUUGAUUUAAAUUCACAAUUUGGUCGAUUGUUAUGUGCUAUUUUAUUCUAUCAAGGAUUUGAAAAAUCUCAUAUGAUAAUCAGUGAAAGACGUGAAUUAGCAAAUUAUAUCUUUACAACAGGUUCACGAAUACUAAAUUUUAAUCAAAUUUUAACCAGUCUUGCUAUGUCAAUUAUUGAACGUGAAUAUGAUCGUCAAGCUCUAGAAUUUCAGUCAUCACAACGAUUAGUAAAUCAAAUUGCUAAUGUAAUUAACAAAGAAAAUAAUCAGGUCGAUGCUCGUGUCAUAUAUAAGAAUGAUUGGUUCUACUUAUUAAUUCAAUCAUUAUAUGAAUAUAUUGAUAGUAAAUUUUGGAGUUCGUUUCCCUGGUGUGGUUGUACAACUAAAGCAAAACAACGACAUAAAUUACAACAAAUAUUAGAUGAUUUACUUGCAUUAACAUCAAAUGAUAUUCCAAAAAAUAAAGAAAUUCAACGAGAAGUACAAAUUUUAAGAUUACAAAAAUUAGCAAAUCUAAAAUUUCCAGCAGCUGAUAAACGAGAAAUAUGUGCUCGACCAAUAGAAGAGAUUCGAGCAUGGCAAUUAGAACAAAAAAUUGAAGGAAUAACAUCAACAUCAGCAGUUGCACUUGAGAAAUAUUGA